AUAUAAAAACAUUAUUGAGAUCUUUUACAUUCUUAUUUGAUACUCUUUGAAAUUCUGUGUAUAUUUUAUACUUAGAGUACAUGUCAGUCAGUUCAUGCUAGCCACAUUUCAAAUAUUCAGUGUUUACACAAUAGGGCUAUUGGCUAAUGUAUUGAACAGUGCAGUUCUAGGUUAAUGAAUAUGUAAGUAGUCACUGGUUCAUUUCCAAAUUUGGAAACAAAGAGUAAAAGCUAUGUGAGAACUUGGAGGACAAGGAUAAUGUUUCCUUGUUUCUUUGUCUUUGUACCUGGUACUUAGUAAAGUGCCUGACAUCCACGAUAUAUAGUUAAUAUUUGUUGAGUGAGGGCUAUCUCAGAUUAAUCUAAGAGUAGUACAGUAGGCCAAUUUUAAGAAGUUUGAGAGGAAGGCUUUCUGGUAGAUUUGACUUAAGAGUUUGUUAUUUUUAUUAGGAUAGAGAAUAACCCUGAACUCUUCUCUGUUACUUUGAGAAAUAUGAAAACAAAUACUCCUAAAUUAUCCUCGACAAUCAAUCAAAUUUAUCUAUUACAUUCUCCGUAUGUUUUAGGAAAAAAGAAUUAAAUAAAAUAUUGAAGAUGUUUCGUAGCCACUUUUAAAAAGAAAGAGAAACUAACAUGUAGCACACAUUUUUUUGCAGAUACUGUGUUGUGUGAUUUCACAUUUAAUAUUUUAAUCCAUAUAACAACACUGUGAGGUGUAAAUAAUUUUAUCGUUUUUGCAGACCUGAAAAGGGCUUUGAGAGAAAUUCAUUUAGCUGGGAUUCAGAUGGCUUUCAUGCAUAUAUGAGUGCCUACUUUAUUCUGCAGAAAACAGCAAAAAUCAUGGUACAAUCUCCUACAAAACCAGCCAGUUUCUCAGUAAAGUGGACGAUAGAAGAAAAAGAGCUGUUUGAACAAGGGCUGGCUAAAUUUGGCCGAAGGUGGACUAAAAUUGCAAAGCUAAUUGGAAGUCGCACUGUAUUACAAGUAAAGAGUUAUGCCAGACAAUACUUUAAAAAUAAGGUAAAAUUGGAUGGUCCAGAGAAGGAAACUGCAAAUCAGAAAAAUAGCAGUUAUAUUCAGAUUAAAAAUGAAGAUGAAGGCAUAAAGGCAUGGACACCAUCAAGUUUAAGGGGACGUGCCGAUCCCAACUUGAAUGCUGUAAAAAUUGAAAAGUUAUCUGAUGAUGAAGAAGUAGAUAUCACAGAUGAGGCAGAUGAGUUGACUUCUCAAGCACCCCAAGAGAAUCCUAGCAGUGAUCUCUUAUUAGACAUUUCAAGUAGUAAAAGUCAUGAAACCUGUCAAGGAGAAUUUAUUGCCUCUGACAGCCAGGAAGAUCCCAUUUCUAAUUCUUCCAGAGAAUAUCUUCAGAAUAUAAAGCAAGGUGAAAUGGAAACACUUUCAAGCUCAGGGAUUACAUUUUGGACUGAAAAACAAAACACCAGUGACAAAAAAUCAGUUGAAUUAACUGAUCAGAAAUGUAAUGAACUGAUGAAAAACUAUGAUAAACAUGAUGGAAAUGGAGUAGUAGGUGAUACCAAGCGGUUGCCUUCUCCAGAGCCUUGUGAAGUUCAGAAAGAUGUGAGUGAUAAUGAAAUGCUUUUUCAUUCUUCCUGCCAAAUGGAGGAGGAGAGUCACGAGGAAGAAGAGCUUAAGCCGCCAGAGCAAGAAGUAGAAAUAGAUAGAAAUAUUAUUCAAGAAGAAGAAAAACAAGCAAUUCCUGAAUUUUUUGAGGGGCGCCAAGCUAAGACACCAGAACGCUAUUUGAAAAUUAGGAAUUACAUUUUGGAUCAGUGGGAGAUAUGCAAACCGAAAUACUUAAAUAAGACCUCAGUACGUCCUGGCCUGAAGAACUGUGGGGAUGUUAAUUGUAUUGGACGGAUUCAUACAUACCUCGAGUUGAUAGGAGCAAUCAAUUUUGGAUGUGAACAGGCUGUAUAUAACAGGCCACAACCAGUUGAUAAGGUACGAAUCAGAGACAGAAAAGAUACAGCAGAAGCAUACCAACUUGCCCAGCGUUUGCAGUCCAUGCGCACAAGGAGACGUAGGGUCCGAGACCCAUGGGGAAAUUGGUGUGAUGCAAAAGACUUAGAAGGACAAACGUUUGAGCAUCUCUCUGCUGAGGAGUUGGCAAGAAGAAGAGUAGAGGAAAAAUGCAAACUUCUUAAAUCUUCAAAAGUGCAAAGACCCAUAAAAAGCUCCUUCGAUCCCUUCCAACUGAUACCUUGUAAUUCUUUCAGUGAAGAAAAGCAGGAGCCAUUUCAGGUGAAAGUGGCUUCAGAAGCACUUUUAAUAAUGGAUUUGCAUGCUCAUGUUUCUAUGGCAGAAGUGAUUGGUCUAUUAGGAGGAAGAUACUCUGAAGCUGAUAAGAUAGUUGAAAUCUGUGCAGCAGAACCAUGUAACAGCCUGAGUACAGGACUACAGUGUGAGAUGGAUCCUGUCUCACAAACACAGGCCUCAGAAACGUUGGCUGUAAGAGGCUAUAGUGUUAUUGGAUGGUAUCAUUCUCAUCCUGCCUUUGAUCCUAAUCCUUCCCUACGAGAUAUUGACACUCAAGCCAAAUACCAGAGUUACUUCUCCAGAGGUGGUGCAAAGUUCAUUGGAAUGAUUGUUAGUCCCUAUAAUCGAAACAAUCCUUUACCUUAUUCCCAAAUUACCUGCCUGAUUAUAAGUGACGAAAUUAGCCCAGAUGGCUCUUAUCGUUUACCUUACAAAUUUGAAGUACAACAGAUGUUAGAAGAACCUCGGUGGGGAUUAGUAUUUGAAAAGACAAGAUGGAUGAUAGAAAAAUACAGGCUAUCCCAUAGCAGCGUCCCCAUGGAUAAAAUCUUUCGCCGGGAUUCUGACCUGACUUAUUUGCAGAAACUUUUGGAAUGUCUGAGGAAAACUCUGAGCAAAGUGACAAAUUGUUUCAUUGCUGAAGAAUUCCUGACUCAAAUAGAAAAUUUGUUCCUUUCAAAUUAUAAAAGCAAGGAAGAGAAUGGAGUGGCUAAAGAGAACUGUACUGUGGGUCCAAAGGAAUUGUUAAUGUAAUUAUUUUAAAGUAAGACAUUUUACUCUUGACACACGAGAUCCUUUCAGUUACAACCUUGAAAAUAUUGUAAUUUAAUUAGCAGUGGCACAGAUUUUGAUAUUUUUUUUUCUCUAGUUCAUAUAAUCCAAACUUUGCCGCCUACAUCAUGUGAUGAAAAAGAGAGAUGGACUUGUUUUCAUGAAGCGUUUGUAGAGAGGUGUGUACACUAGGGCCAGCCUCAGUGCUCCCGUCCUACCAUGGCUGGUAAGCAGUGCCGUAGGCUUGAAGGGCUGUCUGCGUUUCUGUUGUAUUCAGGUUAAUACGUGGAAUGUCUCUCUAAUUUUUAUUUCUCCCCAACCUAGCCAUUCUGUUUUUGGUAUCUCAUGUCUCAUUAGGAGCACUUCCAUACUUUCCAUGUGUUUUGGUAAGAUUUGUUUAUGAUUGUAAAUGAGCUCUGGAUGGGUAGUCACUGAGAUAAUUAACAUGGUUGAGCACCACUCAUUUAAUAACUCUAACAGCAUGCUAUGGGAAGUCAGGGGAAGCAUAAGGAGAAAAUCUUAAAACUAGAGAAGAGACUCAAAAAGACAGAAUCAAAUUACCAAUUUUAUAAUUACAGAUAUUUGCUUCCAUUUUUAUUUUUAACAACAAUGCUAUAGAAUAUGUCAUUUUCUCAGUUAUCUGAGAUAUUAUAUGUAGAUUCCAGGUACAUACAAUAAUUAGUUUCACUGUAUAUCCACUUAAUUAGUGUGUGUGUGAUAAAACCUCAUUUAACUGGAACACAGAUAAUCCUAACCCUCCAACUAGAUUUUUUUUUCCUACUACUUGCUAUCAGAAGAAAGAGGCAAAUUACAGUAAAGUUUAAAUAAAUCAGAGAUUAAUUUUAAAAACAAAAAGGCCUUCCAGGACGUAUUUCAUAUGUAGCUCAGUUUCAUAUACUUUCUGAAUCUAAAACAGAGGUCAGCAAACUUUUUAUGUAAAGGGGCAGUUAGUCAAUAACUUAGGCCUUGCAGGCCACAUUCUAUCUCUCUCCAACAUUAUUCUUCAUAUUUUUUUACAACCCUUAAAAAAUUUAAAAGCAUUCCUAGCUCAUAAGCCUCACAAAAAAACAAACAAAACAAACACUUUGCUGGCCGUUAUCUUCCAACCCUUGCUCUAGAGAAUUGCAAACAUAUAGAAUUUAUUUUCAGAUGCAUGAGCCUGAGACACUGAAAGGUCUUCUAUCAUUUUCAGACAACACUCAAAACAGUGAUUUAUAUUCAGGUACUAUGAGGAACUCAAAGAUGGCAGUCCUCAGUUUAGAGCUUUGAGAGCACAAUUUUAAAAAUUAUAUUACUGUGUUUUUUUCUAAUGAUAGAGGACAUUUAUUUUAUAAAAUAUUUUUAAAAUAACAAACAUAAAUAAAAUAUCUCAAUCUUGUUGUCUGUGAAACCACAGUUAACAUUUUAGUAUUAGUCCUUUACCUUUUUUUUUUUUUUGGAUCAUGUAGUUUUAAAACAUCAAAAGCUGUGAUAUUUUUCUCUCUUCCUCCCUACUUCCUUUUUUCUCUUAUCAUAUAGUCUUAGAAUGUUUUUUCAACUGCAGAGACAUACCCACAUUCUUCUUACUGCCAACAUUGGACUACCGAGGGUGGUUGAAGCCAGGGCCCAGGACGAGCACAGAGGACUUCUGGAACUGGGUGGCGGUGGAGUCAGUAGGGCCAUUUGGGGGGCAGCGUCUCAUAGGGGAGCCUACCUCUGGCAAUGUUGACAGGAGUGGAGCCAGGACUUGGAGACAUCCAAGUCUCUUCAGCUGGAUUCAGUUCUUUUUAUUGCAGUGAGAAUAAAGUAAAAACUUAAUUUUUUUUUCCAGCUUGGCUAGAAGAAAUUGACACUAGUACUUUGCCAGUGUUAAACUUAGCUCUCUUUAAAAAUCUAAUCCCAAAGCAACAUUGAAAAAAAAAAGAAAAAUCAGUGGAACAAGAUCAGUAAGAUCAGUUUCCUUUCCCCUCCAUUAUUCUAGCCUUGUCUCACUGGCCCUAUAUUCAAAGCUGCAUUAUAACUUUCAUGGGCCUUAGACACUUUUGCCUUCUUGGACCUCUUCUUCCAUAAAAAAUUAAAAACUAAAAUAUUACAAUUGUAUUUGUAUAAAAAUGAAUGUAAUAUUAUAUAUAAACAUGUCCGUCAUUCUAAAAGUUUUUUCUUCUGAAUUGAAAAGAAAUUAAAACAUUUUCAUAGGCCUUUCAGAAUAUUGUAGGCCUGAGGCAUGUUGCCUAAUAGAUAAGUUGCCCCUGAAGGAUGUCAUUAGAAAAAUGGCAGUCACUGUCCCUCCCCUGUAAAACUCACCUCACAAACCCUGGGGUAGCUUUGCCAAGAACAUUGCAAUUCCCGCAGCUUUAGAUCUCUGAACUUGAACUUCAUUCUUAAAACUCAGGAGUAUUGCUGGGCAUUAUUCUCCUCAAAAAAAAAAAAAAAAAAAAA